UGCUGUUGUUUUUCUAAUUGCCUUCACUAUCAGAUGGUGUCCAGUUCCAUUUUUUCAAGGCUUUUGUUCACGCAGUUUAAACAUAGUAACUCGAUUCUUUUUGCGAAUUAUUGUUCGACAAUGUCGAAAACCGCAAUUUUGCUUUUGGCUGAAGGAGCCGAAGAAAUGGAAGCUAUUAUAACAGCAGAUGUUUUACGCCGCGCCGGGGUUCUCGUAACGAUUGCCAGCAUUACAAACGAUUCCUGCAUAAAGUGCAGCCGCGACGUAAAAAUUUGCGCAGAUGCAAAACUCGCUGAUGUAAAAGAUACAAAUUACGACGCUGUUAUUCUACCCGGUGGUGUUGGAUGGAAAAAUUUGGCAGCUUCGGCAAAAGUUGGAAACUUGCUUAAGAACCAGGAAUCAAAAAACGGACUAAUUGCUGCGAUUUGUGCUGCUCCAGCUGUUUUAAAAGCUCACGGAAUUGCUAAAGGGAAGCAAAUCACUUCUUACCCAUCCACUAAAGAACAACUGACAAGUGAUUACAAAUACAUCGAAGGACAAAUGGUCGUAAUCGAUGGAAAUAUAAUAACUAGCAGAGGUCCAGCAACAGCUUACGCUUUCGGAUUGGCUAUCGCUGAAAAACUGUUGGACAAAGAAACAGCACUUAAAGUUGCUGAAGCUAUGCUUUACGACGGAUACAAAUAAUUUUUAAAAAUCACUUUGUUCUUGGAGAUCAACGAUUUGCAGAAAACAAUAAUUUUGUAUUCUAAUUUAAUCUUAUUAAUACUUUUCGGUGAGAAAACUGCUUUAUAUUCCUUUAAUUAUUAUGAGAGUUCUAUUCUGAUCCUACUUUGUAAGAUAUUUUGUUGUGAUGUAAAUAAAGGCAAAGGAACGAUUGAAUUGUAAAGUA